AUGUCGCAUCGCCAUUUCAUCCGCGAGCACAUUCGCAACCAUCUCAAUCAGCUCGUGAUCCUCGCGGAGCGGGAGUUCACUGGGAAUCGCGGAAGUGGCGGCGUCUUUCGGAUGGCCACGCACAGCGGGCAUUUUCACACGGAUGAGGCCCUCGCCUGCGCGCUGCUUCGCCACACGACGACCUUUCGCCACGCCGAGCUCGUGCGCACCCGCAACCCAGAGAUUAUCAACGCCUGCGAUAUCGUCGUGGACGUCGGGGCCAUCUACGACGCGGAAAAACUUCGUUUUGAUCACCAUCAGGCCUCGUUUAACGAAACGAUGCAGACGAGUCGAAAGCUUUAUAAAACGCGAUUAUCCUCGGCGGGUUUAGUCUAUAAACAUUACGGGCGAGAAAUCAUUCAGGGGUUUUUAGAAGCCGCCCUGCGUUCCCCUGCGCGGGAGACGUUUUUGAAGAUGGCAGGAUGGUCGGACGACCGCACGACUGCCACCGAGGCGGAGCUCGAUCUCAUUUUUGAUGCCGUUUAUGUGAACUUCGUCGAGGAGAUCGACGGAGUGGAUAACGGGGUGGAGCCCUACGCAAUCAAGAAGAAGGAAGGGGAAGGGGAAGGGGAAGGGGAAGGGGAAGGGGAAGGGGAAGGGGAGGAAGGAAAGGACGCCGGGGAGAUCGUGAGGCGAUACCUUCAGACGACGACGCUUUCCGAUCGCGUCGGGCGUCUGAACCCGUCGUGGAAUGAUGAGGUGGGGAGCGGGGCGGAGGUCGAGGGCGCGGGUUUCCUCGCGGCGAUGGAGCUCGCGAGUACGGAAUUUUUCGAGGCGGUGUGGAGUUACGUUUUCGUCUCGCUUCCUGGGCGCUCACUCGUGGAGGAGGCCUUUGAUGCUGCCAAGCAGCUUCAUCCGAGUGGGCAGAUCCUCGCGUUGCGGCGGUUUUGCCCGUGGAAAAGCCACCUUUUUGACCUCGAAGAGGAGCGUCAUUGCAAGGGGAAGGUGUUGUUCGUGAUUUACCCCGACGGCGCGGGGUGGAGAGUGCACACGGUGCCGAAGCAAAACGCGGGAUUUGAAAACCGCGUUUCGCUGCAGCAUCGCGGGUUGCGGGAUGAAAAGCUCAGCGAAGCCUCCGGGAUCGACGGCGGGAUCUUCGUGCACGUUACCGGUUUUAUCGGCGGCAUGAAAACGUACGAUGGGGCGCUGCAGCUGGCGAUUCAGUCGCUCCCAGCGCCCCCCCCUUCAUCAUGA